UCUCAGAAAACAUCUGAGACCAACAGCGCCAACUCUAUCUUCCUCGUCCCUUUUUCCAGCCUCAAAAAAAGCGAACCCAUGGCUUCCCAAUCCGAGCCAUGGCUCAUGGAAAACGGAACCCUUAAGCGCUUAACCAAGGAGAGUCGCCACGGCCAUGGCCGAACUGCCCACAACUUGUCCUCCUCUUCCCUACGCAAAAAGUCCGAUUUAACCCUCGUCUCCAAAAUCCAAUUCGGCUGUCUCCGCAAGUUCCUCAUCAAUCUUCAGGAGGUCAUUUUGGGAACUAAACUUUCCAUUCUCUUCCCUGCCAUUCCGCUCGCUAUUGUCGCUCAGAGUUUCGGGUUUGGAAGACCGUGGAUUUUUGCUUUGAGCUUGCUUGGCCUCACGCCAUUGGCUGAACGUGUCAGCUUCCUGACCGAGCAAAUCGCUUAUUUCACCGGCCCAACAGUUGGGGGGCUUUUGAAUGCAACAUGUGGGAAUGCGACGGAGCUGAUAAUUGCAAUUCUGGCGCUCACACAAGGAAAGAUAGACGUGGUGAAGUUCUCUCUUUUGGGCUCUGUUCUUUCCAACCUUCUUCUUGUUCUUGGCACCUCUCUCUUCUGUGGUGGCAUCAUUAAUAAAGAGCAGAGUUAUGACAGAAGGCAAGCGGAUGUGAACGCACUGAUGCUGAUGCUGUCAUUACUGUGCCACCUAUUGCCGUUAUUGUUUGGGUACGCCGCCUCCUCCGCCUCCUCCGCCUCCACGGCCGCCGCCUCCACCCUCCACUUGUCCAGAGCCAGCAGCAUUGUAAUGCUCGCCGCUUACAUUGCUUACUUGGUCUUCCAACUCUGGACUCACCGGACAUUAUUUGAAACUGAGGAAACCGAAGACGACGACGUUUCUGGAGAAGAGGCAGUGAUCGGAUUCUGGAGUGCAUUUGCAUGGCUUGCUGGAAUGACACUUCUUAUUGCUUUGCUGUCCGAAUACGUUGUGAACACAAUUGAGGAAGCAUCUACUACGUGGGGUUUGUCGGUCAGUUUCCUUAGCAUAAUCUUGCUCCCUAUCGUCGGAAAUGCAGCCGAACACGCCGGGGCUAUCAUAUUCGCCUUCAAGAAUAAGUUGGACAUAUCUUUGGGAGUUGCAUUGGGAUCUGCAACACAAAUUGCACUUUUUGUGAUUCCACUGUGUGUGAUAGUUGCUUGGACAAUGGGAGUGGACAUGGACCUGAACUUUAACCUCAUGGAAACGGGGUCGCUUGGGUUGGCCAUUAUUGCCACGGCCUUCACUUUACAAGAUGGAACCUCUCACUAUAUUAAAGGCCUCAUUCUUCUCCUCUGCUACAUCAUCAUUGCUGCUUGCUUCUUUGUUUCCAAGACCCAAGAAGAUGACAACAAUGCCCCCAACUUGGGACUCCAAGCUUCAAACCAAUCAAUCUUCAGAGCUUAAAGGCUAAUAUGAUGCUUUUAAGUGGGUCAAAUUGCAAAAUGAGAGAGGGGUUUCUUUUGAAAUCUGGUCAUAAAGAAGGACCAAACAGCAAAAUCAAAUGGAUUUGUUAUUAAAUUCUUUGAUAUCAGAAUUGGCCUGGAUCGAACGCUUGCCGCCUGCCUGGUGGAACGCUUAGAAAAUUUCAAACUAUGGGGAGUUUGAUGAAGGCAGUUUGUGGGCUAAUAAUUAAGCGCAUGCAAUCUGCAAUAAAUAUUUGUAUGCUUUUUUUAUUUGUGUUUUUAUAUGCAUUUUUCGUCGUUGUGUUUGAAUUUUCAUGUAUCAUAAGAAUAUGUUGGUAAUGAGAAUCAUAUCCUUUCUA